AUGGUAACUUCUGCCAUCUACAACCCUCUACAACCCUCUACAGCCCUCUACAACCCACAACCCUCUACAACCCUCUACAACCCUCUACAACCACUACAACCAUCUACAACCUCUACAACCCUCUACAACCCACACAACCCUCUACAACCCUCUACAACCCUCUACAACCCACUACAGCCAUCUACAACCCUCUACAACCCUCUACAACCCUCUACAACCCUCUACAACCCUCUACAACCCUCUACAGCCAUCUACAACCCUCUACAACCUCUACAACCCCUACAACCCACUACAACCCACUACAACCCUCUACAACCCUCUACAACUCUCUACAACACCCUACAACCCUCUACAACCCUCACAACCCUCUACAACCCUCUACAACCUCUACAACCCUCUACAACCUCUACAACCCCCUACAACCCUCCUACAACCCUCUACAACCCACUACAACCCUCUACAACCCACUACAACCCUCUACAACCCUCUACAACCCCCUACAACCCUCUAACCCCCUACAACCUACAACCCUCUACAACCCUCUACAACCCCUACAACCCUCUACAACCUGCAUCCUGUGAGCCUUUGGUUAGUAUGCUGGCCCACACAUAG